UUAUAGUGGCAGUACCUAGUAACCCUAGGUUCACAGUGGCUUCAUUGUUCUCAGUGCUGAGGCUCAUUCCUGCUACUGUGAUUUAACUUUCUCUUGUAAUUGCCUCUACUCCCCAUUUAAUAACAUUUUGCUUCUUUCAUUUAGCUCUUCAUCAAAUGCAACUUAAAGAAUUUGUGUGAAUCCUUGUCAUUUUUUCAUUGCUUCUCUUUAUGUUGUAGGAUUGGCAAUUGCCCACCAUUUCAUCCUCUGCAUCAGCUCAUCAUAUGAGCAGAGAACUCUUUGUGCUCACCUAUGGGGCUUUGGUAGCCCAGCUGUGCAAAGAUUAUGAGAAGGAUGAAGAUGUGAACAAAUAUUUAGACAGUAUGGGAUAUGGUAUUGGCAUAAGACUCAUUGAAGACUUUUUAGCUCGUUCAGCUGUGAGGAAGUGCCAUAGCUAUUCAGAAAUUGCAGACAUGAUUGCACAGGUUGCCUUCAAGAUGUACCUCGGGAUUACUCCUAGUGUGACCUGCAUUAAUAAAAGAAGGAAUAAAUUCUCCUUAAUUCUGAACAAGAAUCCUUUAGUAGACUUUGUUGAGGAACUUCCAGCAGGGCGGUCUUCACUUUGCUACUGUAACCUCCUGUGUGGUGUUAUUAGAGGAGCCUUGGAAAUGAUUAAUUUAGCAGCAGAAGUUACUUUUGUUCAAGACAGAUUAAAGGGUGAUGAUGUGACAGAAAUAGGAAUUACAUUUUUAAGGAAGCUGGAAGACAAAAAGUGCAAAAAGAAGUAAGUGGAGAUAAUAAAAGAAGAAAUUUUCAUAAACUAAUAUUUAGACCACUUGGUCUCAGAAGAAAAUAUUUAUCUUGGCAGUGGUGACCUUCAGAUGCAGCCACUCACAUCUUAGAAAGCUGAAGACAGGCAAAUAGCAAAUAUCAAAAUGUACAGAAGAUUUUACACUCCAUGUUGCAGAAUUCAACAUAAAUGACUGAAAAGGUUUGAUCCUUUCCUUCCAUUGCCAGGCAGCAAUGCCAGUGAUUUCAAUGGAAAUUUUGUUUAAGGAACAAGUCUCUUCUAGACCUCAAAUCUCCACUUGGACUCCUAUUGUUCUUCAUUAUAAAUGUGACUCUCUUUACCAGUUGCUCAUAAGUGAUAUUGCAAAGACUUCAAAAUAUUAAGUCGUUAUAAAAAUAUACUAUAUAUUCCAGGAAUAAGGAUUAAUUUGCUGUAAAUACUUUGUGCAGUUUCCAAUUCUGCCUUUGUUUCAGAUUUGCUCCUACUGAACUCAGGCCAGGAUGACAUUUCAUUGGGAGUAGGAGCAGAUUCUUAGUAAGGAAACCUGACAACAGUGAAGUCCAAUGCUUGUCCAUUUGCAUGUAGCAGACCCAUAGGUUUUUGCUAAAUAAAGCAGUGCUAGUGCUGCUUGAGAUUUAGCAGAUGCAUCUACACAUGCAAUUAAUAUGACUGAAUAAAUUCAGGUGCAACUUGAGGAGGAGGAAACUAAGCCCAACGUCACUGUCUACACAUGCAUUUAAGCACAGUAAUUUACUCUGCCAUCAGAUGCUACCCAUGUCUGAUGGGAUU